AUGGAGAGAUAUGGUCCUACAGGCAGGACCGCGGAACAGGCAGACGAGGCGUUCACCUCCGCGCUUGGAUCGCUUGCGUCGUCCAGCGCAGAGCUGACCGAUGCCAUGAGCAAUCAGGCAAGACCAAGACGACAGCAGGGAGAUCCCUGCGUGAUUCCCAACGAAGACGCACAGACGAAUUCCCUAGGCACCGAAAGAAGAUUCUACUCGAAACCUGGCAAGGAACAGAGAAGAACAACCGAGCUUCCAGUGGAGAGUGCCGCAGCGCCGCUCUUCCCCCUCCAGGGCGCCGCGGCGGUGUCCGCACCCACUGUGACAUCACCCGUCCCGGAUGUCCAGGCCUCCGAGGAAUACCCACCAGGAAAGGCCCUGAGAGGUAAGCACACCUACGGAACCCCGCCAGAGCAUCCUCGGCACUCGCUCGCGACAGAGUCUUCGGCUCUUCCCCAGCUGUUCCAGGAGUCCAGUCUGUCUGUGUCGAUGUCUUCUCGCUCCGCUGGAAGGGGAAGCCUGCGCACGGAAGCGUCGGUUUCUUCCCACGGUACUGCGUCUUCCUCCACGUCGCGCCCUUCGAAAGCAUCGUUUCUCGUCGCUGCCACGGAACGACGCCUUCGUACACCGUGGGCACGCCGUAGAGGGGAUCCAGGAGAGCAGGAAGAAGGAAAGGAAACGAGCCUGCGGGGUUUACGGGCCGGCUCUCGUCCCGGGAGCGACGGAGUCAAAGAUCUCUUUUUUCGCAUCCCUCGGACCUCGUUGAACAGUGAAAAAACGAAAGGCGACAAAACAUAUGCAGCGCCAAUGCGCGACAAGCCAUCAACUCCAGAGAUGCAAGAGUCUCCUCUGUCCAUUGGCGGCGAGAGCGAAGGUGGGACCCUGGCCUCGACCUUUGGACAAGAAUGGGGGGAGAAAGAGGAAGCCCUGUCCGGGGGUCGAGGCUCUGGACCAUCCCCGCUGCAGCACUAUGCCGCACGCAUCUUUUCUCGGGGCGAAUCGGACGAGACGGCGUUUGGCACAGGUUUCCGUCUCAGCGAGGCGAGAGUUCCCGCCAGCGGUUUUUCUUACUCUUCGCCCGGGGACUCCUUUUCGCACAGCCUCUUUUCUUCUUCGCCUGGAGGCUCUGCUUGCUCUCAAGGAGCGCUCUCUCACCCCGCACUCGCUUCGCUGUCUCCCCCCGGGACUGCCUCCCUUCUCCUGUCUCCUCGCCACAGGGCGUCCACCCCUCAAGACCCGUGUCGGAGACACGAGGGCCGCCCGCUCUUUUCAGGCCAGCCAAGGCGGACCGAGGCCGAAAUGAAGCUUCCGGUUGAUCAUAACGCCUCGCCGUCCUCUCAGCUUCUGAGCAAAAUCGACGCGGCGUACCGGGCUGUGAAGAACUGGGUUGAGGACAGUUUCCUCGUCGACAUCAAUCGGUCGCUACUGUAUCCUUCGCCGCAAGCGUCCCAUCGCGGCGACGCCUCUCGCGAGGAGACGCCUUCGUGUCCCUCGUCCUCGCUGAAAAGGGGCGUGCUGAAAACCGGAGGCCUGUCCCUCACGUCUCCCUUGGAGGACGGCACAGCGUUAACCCUGUCCCCAUCCACUGCCGGGAGCGCCCCGCAGUUCGGAGACAGCACCAGUGGUUCUGCGAGAGAGAAGGACCGAGCUGAAGAGGCCGUCUGGAGACGGGCGAGAGCGGGAGAGAAGGAGCCGACGCCGUCCCUCUUCCGCUCAACUCGCCAGCGCUACCCAGUGUCUCCUUCAGCCGUGACGGACGGCUCUUCAGCUCCUCUCUCUCCCUCGUUCCGAACACGUCCGCGGAGACGCAAAGGUGCAUCGGCUCCGCACCUGCUGUCUCCUCUCGCCGUAGGCGGAAGGCAAGAAGAUCCACGUCGCCGCGCGACGGAGAGACGAAGGCGACUCCCUUGGCGCGGCUUCGAAGACGCCACGGGGUCGCCUUCGCUGCAGUCUGGAAGGAGAGGGAGACAGGCCGCAGAGGAAGAAAAAACAUCUCAUAAAGGAGGGAAGCGGGGGCCCGCACUUGACGAGUCAACAACGAGACAUGGCGGAGCAAGUCCGGAGCGACAGUGUCUUGGACGGUCGGAGACACCUGUCUCCUCGCGCGGUGGGGACCAGCAGGCUCGGGGUGCGGGCGACGAGGAAGCCAACAAGCGACAGGGAGAAACAGGCUUUGGGACAAAUCGCCGCCGCGCCUCUUCUGAGCACGUCGGCUCACCCCGUCAAGGGCGUCGGCUAGACGGAGAAGGCAACGGCGACUGGGGACGCACUGGAGAGCUGUGGAGAGGCAAACACGGAGACACGACUUCCGAAAAAGGCGAGAGCUCUGAAUUGGAGAAGGAAGUGGCCGCGAAUCGACUGGAGGGACAGUUUCGUAAAGACGCGGAAAGCCGCGCCCCCUUGAGGGCAGGGCUGGGGUUAGGGUCUCGAGAACGCAGGCGCACCCUGCGUGGAGAGCAAGCGGAGAUCAAACGAGCUUCGCUUGCUGAAGACAAGUGGACCGAGGAGAAAGGCGAAGCGAAGCUACUCGCGAGGCUGGCUCCGCACGUCGGCCUACCUGCGUCCCGAGGCACUGGCUUUUCGCCCCCUUUCACGGGACGCCUGAGAAGGCGACGGCGAGACAGAAGAAAGCGAGACGGAGAUGCACGCGAAGAGGGACUGGAGGCGUGUUUCGACUCGUCUUCAUCGGCGCUCAGCCGCGCGUCCCCAGAGACUCAGCGCGCUGGAACCUCCGAAACUCGCGCGCCGUCGCCUCCGGCCGCCGCCCCCCCACAGAAGGCGGUGUCGCCUGGCGCACUCCACCGAGGGCGAAGUCCUGAAGUCAAGUUCUCGGGCCAUCUUUCCGAGGGCUCGCGAGGCGGCAGGCGUCUCUCUCUGGCCUCGACGCCCCGCGACGUUCCUCUCUAUCUGAAGCGCAGGCCUGUCCUGGAAUUCGCCGACCCCGCAGUGGAACAAGCGUAUGGGUCCUACCUCGCGAAAAUGCGCCGCCCGCGACUCGUCGCCAUUGGCAUCGUCCUCAUUCUCCUCAACCUCAUGUAUGACAUCCCCGAGUAUAUCUCGUUUUUCUGCCGGGAAGACGUGAGGGAGUGGAACCGAGGCAAGACGUUCGAGACCGACGGAGACUCCGGCCUUCCAAAGUGGUGGCUGAAUCCCUCAGCGACUCCUAUUGGGGGCGACGCACAUCGCCGCACAAUCGCCAGGACGGCGUUGAGAGACAGUGCGCCUGAGGCGAGAGUCUCGAGGCCUUCUGCCAUCGCGCCUGCGCAAAUGCCUGCGGAUCCUGAAGGCUCCAGCGUGGACAUGGGAGCGAGCGAAGAGAGAGGCAAGGCGUUUCGCCGCCCCUGGGGAGGGUCCGAGGGCACUCGUGAAGCAAGCGAGGAAGAAAGACUCCGGUUCGGGGGACCGACGAGGGGAGAGAAGGAAAGGGAUCAAGCGCGGCAUGACCGGCAGGCUGUGCGGGAAACAUUUCGAAGCACGGGAAGACGCCUGGGAGAUGAAGGCGUCCGAGAGAACGCAGACGACAAAGAGCGGGCGACGCGCGCCUCUGAGGAAAGGUUGGCGGGGACAGUGUGGAGGAGAAGAGAACGGUCGGUGGACCCAGGCUUGACGCGACUGACUGGAAGAGCCGGGAGAUCACUCUUUAGCAGAAAAAGACCGGAAGAAAGAGAGGGAAGUGGAGAAGCAGGGAGCAGCAGCACCUUGCUUGUGAUUCCGGCGCACAGAGACUCUCUGUUUUUGCAUCACCAGAAGAGCCGAAGAAUGCCUCGCCGCCUCUCAGCAGUGUCGCUGUCGGACCCAGAGGGCAUCCUCUCCGUUUUGCCACACCACGUAGACAGAGGCAGCGACGCACUGCCGACGAAAGCAGAGCCUUUGGCUUCUUCUUCUGCUCCCACGUGGAUGGCGGUUUUGUGGGUGUCUUUCGAUAUCGGCGAGCUCCUUCUUCAGCUCGGCCUCACGUUUUCCAGUCAUCUUCCGUUCAUCAGAACCCAUACAGAGAAGUGCAUCUCUCUGGCUCUAACUUCCACGACGUUCCUCUCGUCUUUGAAGCCGAUCAUCAUUCUCGGCCACACUUCCCACCUUGUAGGGCGCGAACGUGCUGCCCUUGAAGCGCUAGAGACAGGGAACGGACAGUACAGAAGAGCAGGCCCAGGGGAGGAAGACGGCAGAGUCUCGACGGGACAGCUCCUCCAUCUCCACAGACUGCUCGUUUUUCUCCUCCUCGCUCUCCUUCUUCUCUUCACUGUCCUGGGCGUCUGCUUCCUGAGUCUCCCUUCCUCUCUCUUCUUCUUCGCGUGGUGCCUAGGCGUCGCCACCUGGUUGGUGAUGGCGAGUUGCGCCAUAGGCGGAUCCCUCAGCGAGUUGAUGCAUCGGAAAACGUUCUACAGCGUAGUUGCCAGAGGGAACGCGCCCGUCCCGAGCGCGCGGAAGCUGGCGGACGACGAGGGCAAGAGACGCAUGCCGUUCAGCGGCAAAAACAUGUUGGAGCAGCUCACCGAGCUCGUCAAGACAAUGGAGGCGACGUUAGCGGAGGUGGACACGUACCGUCUGGAUCGCCACACAUACCUCUCGUUCGCCCACAUUCGUUCUUUGCAAACAAAGUGUUUAGAUGUCUUGACUUCUGGGACAGACAUCUACGCCGUCACGUGGGAUUCGCAAACUGUUCCGAGAGAAAUACAUCUCCACUGCUCACGCCACUUGGAAAACGCCUACGCGCAUGCAGUGGGAAGUGCAGCGACCGCUGCCGGCGCGUGUCUCCACGGCGUCCUCGGCGCAUGCACAGCCUUACAGGAGGACCCGCGAGAAGACGGAGACGACGGAGACGAAGUGGGAGAUGAGAGCGAAGACUGCGAGGGCACAGAAGACCAGGUGAGCGAUUUCUGGUCGCGGCUGAAACAGGCCGCAGGCGGGUCAAAGCCCCCGUCAGCUGCGGAGAAGGAGGAUGCGGGAGAGGAAAACCGAGCAGGGACAGGAGAGACAGAGAGAGAGACGGCCGCGGAACCGGACGGCGAGCAGGAACAAAACAGAGGAGAUACGGAAGCUGGAGAGAAGAGAAAAGGGGCGACGGAGAUAUCGCGCGAAGACGAGGUCCGAAAGAGAUCACUGAGACAUCACAGUCUCCAGAUGAACAAGGAGGUCGGGAUCAACUCUGGUGGCGCAUGCAGCGCGUCUCGCGAGGGCUGUAGAGAGCCUCACUGUGGAAGCACCGAAGAGGGGGAAGACGAGACAGAAGGAAGGAAAGAUUUCGUGAGCCGCUUCGACCAGCGCAUGUUUUCGUCGCCGGAGUUAGGAGAAACAUUAGAAAGACAGACUGACACCGAGGUUGCGAGUGAGAAAGAGGAGGAACAAAACGUGAAGGGAAACCCACAAAAGUGGCAAAGUGGAGAAUUCGACACGAGGAGUGAAGUCUGCCUUGACGCCUCUCUUCGACGACCUAAGCCUGCCGCAAGCCUUGCCCGUGUCGGCCUCGCCUGGACACUCGAUCUGUUUUCCCUCGAUGCGCUGAGCAAUGGAAACGUCCUCGUCGCCGUCGGCCUCCACCUUCUGCUUCCCCACCGAGAGAAGGGACAUUUGCGCUGCUCCAAGGCCGCCCUCGGCUCGUUCCUGCAGAAUCUCCAGAGUCUGUAUCUGCCGAAUCUUUAUCACAACCGCGUCCACGCGGCAACUGUCGCGCACCUGUCGGUUUUCCUGUCUCGAACCGCGGGUCUCAGUCCAUGGCCCGCGCGUUGUUCCUUGCGGGCGAAGAAGAAAGCGACGCUCCGCAGUCCGCCAACUGACCAUUCGUGGGAGCGAAGCGAUGUGGAGACCCAGACAGCGUGUGCGUUCCCGUCCGACUUCUCUUCGAGUCAACUCCCCUCGUUUUCCGGUUCGAAUCCACGCAGCACGCCGGCAUCAACGGCGUUGGAGUCUUUCCGCGAGGCGAGACCGGGACCCGAGUCUCAGCCCGAUUCCCCCGAAGUUCCGCCUUCGUUUCGCGCAUCUGCGACUUCCGCCUGUCCAACGCGACCAGAGAAAAGCGCAUGGGAGCCACCAGCGCGGCUUCUGGCCUCUCAGGGGCAGAGCGUGAGCGGCGCUGCCUUCUCCUCUCUCAGUCACCCCCAGUCUUCUGGGCACACACGCUGUGCGUCGCUCUCUUUCGAAGCCUCAGCACCGCACGGGAGUGAAGCAGGCAGAAGAACGCCUUCUCCGCUUCCUUCACGACCCCGGUACUUGAGGUUCUCUCCGAGCCAGAGUGCGCAGGCGCCCACCCCUCACGGCUCCGACGGAGACCCAGGAGGGAGUUUCCACGCCAUCGGCCACGACGCGCGAGAGAAAGGAGGAAUCUACGGCGAGGAAGAUGAUGUGAAAACCGUUACUGUCGACCGGGACUGCGGGAGCCAAUUCGGAGACCGGCGCGCAAAAUCUUGCCGUGGUGGAUGCGAGGGGGAACGGCGAAAAGCACGCGACGGAGACAGCGGGAGGGAGUCGGGGCCGGAAGCCUUUCCAGCCGCAGACGCGUUUCUGAGAGGAGACGCUGGGCGGCCGAGGGAUCUCACAGGGCCCGCAGGACGAGACGGGAAGGAAAGUGAGGAGAGCAGGCGCCGCCCGCGUCCGACGUCUCCGCAAGACUCGCCAGAACCGACAGGGGAACGAUAUCCAAAAAGUGACCGCGGCGCGCAGGACGCAGCAGCUCGCAUGAUCGACGACGAAACAAUUCUUUGCUUCGCCGCGCUAGGCCAUGACGUCGGGCAUCCUGGAUUCAACAACGCUUUCCUCGUGGCAACCAAUCAGCCGAUUGCUCUCGUUUACAAUGACCACGCGGUGCUCGAGAACUAUCACGCCUACAUCACGUUCCGCACCUUGACAUGUUACGCUGCCGCAACCAACAAAAACGACAAAGGGGGCGAGAGCAGCGUUCUCAAGGGGAUAACUCCGGCAGAGUACCGGUAUUUUCGAAAGCAUCUCAUCGAACUGAUUCUCGCGACCGACAUGAGCCAGCACUUCAGCACGAUCUCGACUGUGCGAGUUCGACGAGAAAGCCGCUCCUUUAACUUUUCCACGAAUGAGGAGGACCGGUGGAUGAUGAAGAAACUGUGCAUAAAGAUCGGAGAUAUCGGCCACGCUGCACUCGAGUGGGACCAACACUACAAAUGGUCGAUGAGGGUCACCGAGGAAUUCCUUCUCCAAGGAGACGCAGAGUUGAAAGCGGGUCUCCCCGUCUCUCCGUUGUGCGACAGAAAAGCUCCGGAGAUAGAGUUCCACAAAUCUCAAAGUAGCUUCAUUAACUAUCUCGUUGUUCCCCUCAUCAACGAGCUUGUGGGUUGCCUGGAAGCCCAACCCCGGCACUCGCAGGGGUUGCCUUCGCUGCCCGCGGGGGCGGAAACCGCAGACAAAAGCACAAUCAAUAGUUCAUUGUUGAGUACGAUGCACACGGGAAGCAGUCAUCCUCACAGUACAAGCUCGUCGAGUAAGAAUUACGGGUCCUUAGACAUGGCGUCGAGUCGUCGAACGUGCCAAACUCAAAAGAAAACCAGUGUUUCUCCCCUCAGCCUCUACUUGCGAAAGGAGACGCUUCGGGCUUCAGGCGAACGCCCGUCGGAGGAUGAGGUCCAGUUGGGAGUGUUGCCAGCGGACAGGAUUAGAGAAAUUGUCCUUUUCCAGGCUUUGCGAAACGCAGAGCGCUGGUCAGCAAGAGCCCGUUCAUUAGAGGAGAAAAACACAAAGACACCGGCUGUAUCUGUCACGUCGGCCAGGAAGGUCGACGCGUGUGAGGCGCCUUCGAAAGGCUUAAACACUGCGCAGAGAAGAGAGGAAGACGCCAUUAAGUCGCAGAAGUGCUUCUCGCUUUCGGCCUUCUCUUCCUCCCUUCCUCAGUGCCACAUUCCUGGCUCAUGCACCCCUCCUGGUGCACAGAGCGCUUCUUCGUCUUCGACUCGAAACCACCGGCGGCGGCUCCUGCGGCCACGAACGUACUCCCCAGCUCGCUUUGGCACUCCGGGAGAAGACGAAAAAGAAGCAGAGUUCACCAGUAGAGAUGAAGGGGGUUCGGCGACGCAUCUGGUUUCACCCAGCGGAUGCAGGCACGGAAAGAAAGAGAGAGGUAAGGAGAGAAAAGGGAAACCGCCGAGAAGACGAAGCUGGAUGACGGCGACGGAAAACAGGAAAAGGCGGGAACGAGAGGAGGAGCGAAGAAGCGAGCGAACGCGCGUGAAGGAGAGCAUUUUGAGGGGGAUCCUCAGAAGAGAAAAAGAAGAUGGAAGAAUAAGGGACGUGACGCGAGACGGCAUUCUAGCUAGCAUCCUCAAGCAUGAAAAGCAGGAGCCCGAAACGAGAAGAGAGGACGGCAAUGAGAUGAUGUUUAGCACUCGAGAGAAGGUCGGAGACAACCCAGAAGGCAGCAGGAUGAGCUGUGCCAGCAACGGGGGCCGGGACGGCGAGGGGCGAGACGAUGUGGCGGAACAGAAAGGAGACACUUGCGUGAUUUUGCUAGAGGGAGAAGCCAAAGCCUCCGCGCAAGAAGAAACAGAGACAGGCCUAGCGGCGGAAAUCGUCGCGGCCUUGUCAGAGGAACAAGAACCAGCAGAGCGAAGAAGAGCGCGAGACGGUAGAGAGCAAGCCACGGGAAGACACGUGCAAAUAGGGGAGGCGACGCAGGCACAAAGGAGCCUAGACACAGACAGUCUGCACAAUGACGGAAAAGUGUGUGGAAAGGUAUAG